CGGCAUCGCUCGGUUCCGGUUUUAGUGCCCGCCUGACGGAGUUGUGUUUUCUGGCCCCGCGUUGUGAUCGCCUUGUAAUGUUCGACGCUGAGAGUUCCCACGCGAGUCUCAUUCAAAUUUCUCGCCCAACGGCGCCUUAAACCCACGAUGCUUCGACCGUGAAGACCGCGUAGUGUCCGGAAAAACGGUAGCGCCACAGUCGGGGGCACCGUCAGCCCCUCGAGAAACUUGCCGCAUCCGUCGCGGGUCGAGAGACCGCGGGGCUAGUCUUGUACCCGUGCGAUGUCCGCUGUGCCGGUUAGGAACUUUUGACAUUGGACAUCUAGAUACGCGUCCGGAACUCCAGCCUGCGCGCGUUGUGUGCUUCUCGACGAGAAAUUGCUCAUGGGAAGGACUUACUUUCCUUGGUAAGAGACACUCCGGAGGAAGCAGACACUCGCCUGUUCAACCAUGCCUCUCUACGGCAAGCACCCAUUCAUUCGGCAGAAACCACCGGCCGAUCUCAAGCCGAACGACGAGGUUUUCUUCUGCAAGAUCACCAACGAGGGCUUCAGAAACUACGACGAGUACUUUGCUCGUGUGAUCCUGUGCAACAGCCUGGUGUGGACGUGCAGCCUGACCGGAAAGCCAGGCCUCACGUACCAGGAUGCCCUGAACUCCGAGGAACACGCGCUGAAGAUUUUGGCAUCGUUCUCAGCAGGGCUGAGGAAGCCAUUGCUCUACAUUGCCAGUCUAACGAAGAGGGGCCGCCUCGCUGACCUCUGCGACGAUGUCUACUCGUUUGCACGUGACCGGUACUUUGUCGGCGAGUCGGUCGAAGUCACCAUUAAGAGCCAUAAGAAAACAUGCACUGUUGCAGCCGUGGUGUCGCCCCCAUCUAAGGCAAAGUCACCAGCCAAGGUCAUACCUGGUUCUCCUGCACCCAGCACCCCUGCGUCGCCGCUGAAGAAGGCUAGUGGUCAGUCGGUGCCUUCCGACAAAGUCAAGUACCAGGUCAUCGACCCUGAGGGCAAGGUUCACACUGUCCCACCAACUGACGUCUGCCGGAAAAAGAACUCCUUCACGAGAGAGAAGAAUCGCAUCUUCCUGCGUCAGGCCACAGAGCUCGACAAAGAUGGAAUUUUGCGGGUUAAGGAGAAGACCCAGAAGAAGUACGGCCUGCAUCAGCUCACGUUUGCCGACAUCUUCACGGGCUCCUCCCCAACAUUCACAGUGUCUCCCAAGAACAGGCCCUCGUCAGGGGCAGCCACACCUGGCUCGCCCGAUGGCAAGGUCAGCAAGCCCCGGAAGUUGAAGCAGACUGGUAGCCCCAAAAAGGAGGGAGCUGUUCCGGCGACUACUAAUGGCAAGAAAGAGCUUGCUGAGAAGCCAAAUGGCAUUGCUGCUGCCAGUGUGGACCAUCCGUCGGCUGAAGAACUGGCCAAAGCAGCAGCCGAAGCCAAGGCAGCAAAGGAUCGGGAGUUCGAAGAGCUUUUGAAGCUGAAGAUUGCUCAGAAGGAAGCCCGGCAAAAGAAAAAGAUAGAGGAGCGGCGCCUACACGCCCAGUUCCUGACAGAGUGGAACCGUCCCCGUGAUGACCUGGAGUGCGACGACCUGCGGGAGCUGCCAUCCUUUGUGCCACUGCACUGCGCCAUUCCCCCCAAGCACUUUGGGGACUUCAUGGUUGUCCUCGAGUUCCUCAGCUUGUUCGCGCAGCAGCUGGACCUCAAGGACUUCUUCCCAGCGGGCGUCAGCUUCGAUCUGCUGGAGCGUGCUUUGACGGAGACAGAUGUCCUGGGUUCACUCAGCGACAUCUUCCAGCUGCUGCUCACGGCAGUGUUCCGCACACAGGAGGAAGAGAUGGAGCCUUCCAAGGGCAGACAUCCGCAAGGGGAACAGAGUUCGGAUGAUGAACCUGAGGAGGAAGAGACGGACAGGGGUCGUGGCGCCCUGCAGGCCAUUCGCAAGGCACAGCGAGUUGCGACAAGUGUGUCCCUGAAACAGCAGCAAGUGCUCGGUUUGAAGCUGAGCAAGGUAACGGUGGAUGCAUUGUCGCUGAGCGAGGUUCUCCGGCUACACUUGGCUUCGAGCGGAUCCCUGGAUGUUGGGCGGAAAGUGUUCAGUGGCUGGUACUCCCAGGAAGAGGAUCCAGGGCUGUGGUUCACCACUGAGGAGCCCGAGAUCAUGGCUCGCCUUAGUCAAGGAAGCAUUCAUGACUUGGAGAUUGGUGACAAGGUGAAACUGCUGCGAGUGUUGGUGGACCAGCUCCUCUCGAUGGAGUCCUUUCGGGGCGUCAUCGAAGAGAACCUCAUGAAGCUAAAGCAGCUCAAACAGGACUUGCGCCAGAUCCGGCUGUCAGCCAAGCAGCAGGAGGAGCCCAAGAAAAAGAGGAACCAGAAGGAAGGUGCAGCUGAAGGAAAGAAGGAGGAAGCAGAAGGGGCCAAUGAGGAUGCUGAUGACAAGGCAGCGACUGACAAAACGUCAGACAAACCAUCAGAGAAGACCGAGCAAAAUGGCAAGGUCAACGGCAUCAUUCCCGAGGCCCUCAAAACCCCGCAACAACGCAAGGAAGAACAGCGCCGGAGGGAAGAGCUUGAGCGGAAGGAGCAGACCCUGCGGAAGCAGGUUGAGCAGCUUCAGUCCUUCUGGUCCCUGCAGCCGCUGGGUGAGGACCGUUGCCACCGACGCUACUGGCAGUUCAACGCACUGCCAGGGCUAUUUGUUGAAGACAACGACCCGCACAGAGGAGCCUGCAUACCCGGCGGCACUCCGCUGGUCCGUUGUGAACUCCCGAAGCACCCUUCGGUGACCUUCAUGGAGGCAUUUCUCCUGCACAACAACCGCAAGCGUGGCGACAGCGGGGACAGUGCAGCACUCAGCGACAAGGAAAACAAAGAAGCCGCUGCUGAGCGGAAGGCCCUGCAUGCGGAAGGCAAGGCACAGAAGCUCCUGUGCGACUCAAACCCAAGGGUGGCGGCGGGAGCAGGCAGGCGUACGUCCGUCGAGACGCCGGCCGUCAUGAUGAACGGCCUGCUGGACCCGAAGCGAGAACUGAGUGUAGUGUUGGACAAGGUGGACAGUGUUGUUAGUGACAUGACGUCAGUGCACCCGGUGAACGGUACGCAUCCCUAUGGGACGUGCUCAGGUAACCCAGUGACGUGUACAGUGCAUGGUGAAGUGGCCAGAAGCGCAAUGCCCCGUUGGUGGUUUUGCCGGAACAAGGAGGAGCUCACUGCCCUUAUCGGUGCACUCAACCCUCGUGGUUUCCGCGAGAGCAAGCUCAGGGCUGUCCUCAAGAGGGAUCAGGCUGACCUGGAGACAGUUGUGGCCAAGUGUCCCGGCCGUAAGCUCAAUCCAGAGGUGGUGUGGCCCGAGGAAGAUGAAGGGGAGGCUGAAGUGCGCAAGUCGUCGCGUCUCCAGUCGGGGCCCAAGCCAUCAGCUAUGGCUGGAUACCCGUCCCGGCUGGCUCAGGUGUAUGGAUUCCGAGAAGCCCUGCUUGACCUGGAAGAGAAGCUGUACACUGGCAGCCUUGGCAUCAUCAAGGUUGAUCGAGUCUCAUGGAGAGAAAAGCUGGAUGGUCUCUUGGCAACAGUUGAGGCAACAGACAAGGACCAAACGGAACUUGUAAAAAUCGCAUCCACUUUGGACUACGAGUCCGAAGUGCGUGACCUAUCACAAGCACUGCUUGACGUCUCGAUGGGCAUCGAGGCAAGGUUUCUUCAGCCACCUCUGGGAGAGUCUGAAGAACAGCGGAAAAAACGGAAAGCUGCAGAGCUUGCCCGGAAACAGAGAAAGGAAGACGGAGAGGACGUGCCUGACGAGCCACCGAGCAAGCCAUCGUUACUGGAGAACUGGCGGGAGUCAGUGAGCGGGUGCACAUCAGUGGCCCAGCUGUUUCUGCACCUGUCAUCGCUGGAGCGCAGUGUGGCAUGGGACCGGUCGGUGCUCAAGGCCUACUGCCGCAUCUGCCGGCGGCGGAGGGACCCGGAACGCAUGCUGCUCUGCGACGGCUGCGACCGCGGACACCACCUCUACUGCCUCAAGCCUCCACUUGAGGUGAUUCCCAAGGGCGACUGGUACUGCAUUGCCUGUCGCCCCAAGGAGAAGCCGGCCUCCCCUGCCAAGCGCAAGUACAUUGAGGAAGAAGAGGACGACGACCAGGACGAGGAAGACGAGGAGGAAGAAGAUGAGGAUGAGGAAGAAGAGACCAAUGCCGCUGAGAAUGAGAGCGAAGCUGAAUCCUCAUCUGAUGGCAACGAUGAUUCGUGUGACGCUUGCGGCAAGGGCGGCACACUUAUCUGCUGCGAUUCCUGCCCGCUGGCCUACCACCUAGAAUGCACACGACCGCCAUUGCGCAGGCUACCACGGGGAACGUGGAACUGCCACAAGUGCACGGUCGCAAAACAGCGUUCGUCUGGAGGAGCAAGGGGAAAGGGCACCAGAACGCGGUCACAAAGUGCUGCUGCAGAAUCGAAGCGCUACAUUGAGAGGCGGCAGCAAAAGGAACAGAGCAAAAAGCAGCCACAGACUUCUGCACCUUCUGACCCGUACCGUCCGCCCCGAAUAAGCUUCAAGCGCUCCAGGGUCAGCUGGGAGGAUUCAUCUUCGGUCAGCGAGGAAGGUGUUACGUCACGGGCUUCAUCGCGACGCUCCAGCCAAGAUCUCCCACUUGACUUCAAAGCCUGUGACGAGAUUCUACAGUCACUUGUCCAUGACCACAAUUCAUGGCCUUUCCACUGUGCAGUCAGCCGUCGGGAUGUUCCCGACUACUAUGAUGUCAUCCGGCGACCCAUGGACCUGGGCAAGAUUCGGGGCAAACUGAGUGGUAUGGAGUACCGCACCACCAAGGAGUUUGUGGCCGACAUCUACCUCAUCUUCCAGAACUGCAGCGUGUACAACAGGCCCGGAUCGCUGGAGCACUCGUCUGGUGUCUCCCUGCUCGGCACCUUUGAGCGCCUUCUGUCCCACCAUGGGCUCGGAGAGUUUCCGCAUGCUCCGUGCUUUGAGGAUGAAGCAACUGGCAGCAAGCGGACGUCCAAGCGAGUGUCCAAGAGGCAUUGCUGCGACAGCGACAGUGAAGACCAUGGUACGGCAAAGCGUGCGCUGGCGAGCCCUACCAAGGACGCUGCCGCAUCGUCGUGGUCGACCAGGAGCAGUGGCAAGCGCCGCACACACUGACUUGAGUGCUUGCAUCGUUUCCCGAUUCCUUGAAGACAUCAUCCCUCCCUGCCACUUCCUCACUUCAGUUCGCACAUUACCAUCAUGUACAGUGUCCCUUGCCUCUUUUUUUUUUUCCCUUCCCUUUUUAAUUAGAAAAAGAAAGUGAAACUGGCUUGAAUGAAAUUUUCCAUCUUUGAUAGGGGUGCGAAAGCAAUCUAGAGCUGCCAUUGGCUCCCACGGAUGUUUGGAGAAAAUUUUCGCUGCAUUUUGUCUGGAGUGAGAGAUUGACGAUACUUAAAGAAUAGUACGGAUGUGGGUACAGAAGGCUCCCAAGGCCCCAAAAGAUGUUCAGCACUGACCAUCUACUGGAAUUGGUGAACGGUGUGUCGUGCCGCAUCUGCCUGUCGGUGCCGAACUGUUGCUGACCCCUUCUCUCCGGUGAUUUGAAAGCAUGCGUGUGGACCAGCUCGACCUUUCUUCUUUUCUGCUCCGUAAAAUGGCUCACAGGUGCUUUCUUUUUUCCUUUCCUUCUUUCUUUUUUUUUCCAUACUCGUCUGUUGCUAAUACGAUUCUGGCUCUGGGCAAGUUAAAUGUUUACCAUCAGGAUUGAAAGCAACAAGACAGGUCAUUUUGUCACUAUCAUAGGUAUACAUAACACAUUCUCUCUUUUUUUUUUUUUCCUUACCAUGUAUACUUUAUAUAGCAGCAUUCUUGUGCGAUUUCAACGCCUUAGCUUUAUGUAAUGUUUUCACCACUGGCUUAAUUUCCAAGUGUACGCAUGAUCUUCCCAAAGUGUUUGACACAUGUACAAGUUGCAGUUAUAAAUUUCUUUUCCAUGAGUU